GAAUCCAAUAUAUGAGGCCCAAUCAAAAGGUCCAGCAAGGUCCAAUUUUGAAACUCAGCCCACAUGAUCAUUUUUUGGAGAAACGGACUUGCAGCAGUAGCAAACAUUCUUACCCUGGCGGUGACUGGUUCUGGUGACCGCCCGGCGACAAGAGAAAGCUCCGGAGACAUGACGACGAUACGCAGAUUCUGCUGCAACGACCUUCUCCGUUUUGCUUCCGUCAAUCUUGACCACUUGACGGAAACCUUCAAUAUGUCAUUCUACAUGACCUAUCUAGCGAGGUGGCCUGACUAUUUCCAUGUUGCCGAAGCACCAGGAAACCAUAUCAUGGGUUACAUUAUGGGAAAAGUUGAAGGACAAGGUGAGUCUUGGCAUGGUCAUGUAACUGCAGUAACUGUUGCUCCAGAAUAUCGUAGGCAGCGAUUGGCCAAGAAACUAAUGAACCUGCUGGAAAACAUCAGUGAUAAGAUUGAUAAGGCGUAUUUUGUGGAUCUUUUUGUGAGAGCUUCAAACACACCUGCGAUAAAGAUGUAUGAAAAGCUUGGGUAUGUAAUAUACAGAAGGGUGCUUCGAUAUUACUCAGGGGAGGAAGACGGGUUAGAUAUGAGGAAAGCACUAUCCAGGGACGUUGAAAAGAAGUCAAUCAACCCCCUCAAACAUCCAGUGACACCUGAUGAAUUGGAGUAUGACUAAUGUACGUUCUUUAUAUGGAAUUCCUAGUUCCUACUUCUUUGAUGAUUGAUGCAUCAAUAUCCUCUUGAAAUGCAAAAUGGUGUAUAAGUUUAAACAUGUCAAAUAUAAUGUUAACUAGACAUUUUAAGUAUUGGACAGUUGGUUUUCAAUGCCAGCUUGUCAUUUGUGCAAUCUACAGUUCUGACACUCAUAAUUGUCGUUUUUAAUGUGCUUGACAAACACAAUAUGAAUUGCUUCUCCUCCUUUGUAUUCCUGCCCUGUUCUUUAGAUUUUGUACAAUGAAAAAUCCGCAGGAAG